AUGAAMAGCUUAUUUAUGGAGAAAGUAAUGGAUGAAAGGAAAACCAAUCACUACACAGGAAUGACAAAAGAGUCCCUUCUUCUGGUUUUUAGCUUGGUCAAAGAAAAAUCYGAGCGCAUGAAUUUGUGGAAAGGAACUACAGACACAAAAAGUGGUAACAUUCGUAGCAAGUACUUAAAGCAAAGACAGAAGUGGAGUAAACUUACACCAUUAGAACAGUUUGUAUUUACCUUGGUGAGACUAAAACGAAACCCAAGUUUGGAAUUCUUAUGUGACAUUUUUGGAAUUAGCCAGGGGACUGGAAGUCGUAUUUUUCUGUCUUGGGUAAUGUUAUUGGAGAAAGAAUUGCAGUACCUAUUGCCCUUUUCCACCAGGGAAGAUUUAAAAGGAAUUGCAAAACCAAAAGUUUUCAAACAAAAGCCUUUUCAGGAUGUGCGGGCAAUAAUAGAUUGUACUGAAUUUUAUAUUGAGAAACCUUCAAAGCCAUCAACCCAGAGGUCAACAUAUAGUCAGUACAAAUCAUCAAAUACUUUUAAGCUGCUUGUGUCUCCUAUAUGUCAUUUUAAUUUUGUAUCAAAACUUUACAGUGGAAGCAUAAGUGACAAGGAAAUUGUUAGAACUAGUGGCUUCCUGGACCACCUCCAACCAGGGGAUGGUGUGAUGGCUGACAAGGGGUUUAAUAUUCAGGACCUCUUGGCAUUGCACAAUGCACUUUUACAUGCCCCUCCAAUGAUGAGUAAAACAAACAUAUCAGCAAAAGCAUCAACAGCAACAAGACGUGUUGCAACAGCAAGAGUUCACAUUGAACGAAUGAUCAGAAUGCUAAAGUUAUUCUGUUUUCUCAGGGGWGUAAUUUCUCUCACGCAUAAGCCAUACAUUGACUCAGUUGUCACUGUUUGUGCCAUGUUAGUAAAUAUACAGCCAGCUGCUAUAAGUGAUAUGGAAGAUUGA